AUGGCAAGCGACGAUGGUUUCGAUGUGGAUGCGAUGUUGGAUGGUGCGCUGAUGCAAUCACAACAACAAAAACAAUCGGUUUGUUUGUUUUUUUCAGGAUUGAUUGAAAAUUGGAUGGCUUCUCUUUUUGCGAGCUUUUGCCUGACUUGUAUCAAAAUAUAACUUGUGAUAGGAUUUCAUAGCAUUUUGCAAAACUGUCUAGAUUUCGGAAAAUUUUGAAAUUUUCAAACUUUCUUGAUGAGAUGAGCAAAUAACUAGUUUUUCAAUUUGACGAUGAAAUUCUCCACAUUUUGAAAAUAAAUUUAAAAUUUCAAAACAGAAAGUUCAACCAGUGAAAACGAUCAAAAUUUACAAGAGUUCAAGCACUCGAAAAAAACAAAAUUCAAAAAAAGUUUCACCUAUUCAGAAAGUAAACAACCAUAAAAAGGAUUGACACAAUUUCAACAAACACUUAAAAAACUUCCGUAAUAUUUAAUUGCGGACUGUUUUUUGGGAAAAAGUUAAAUAACCUUGGGAUCAUCAUAAAACUAUUAAAUUAAUAUAAAAAUGAGAUGAAAAUUGUUUUUUUGCAGGCUGGCGAUUCAAAGGAAAAUGGUUCGGUUCGAUCGAGGUAAACACAUUUUUUGUUUGAGAAAAUUUGGAAUCUAUUUCUUUUUCCGUAAAAUUUUAACAAAAAUUCAUGUCUAUGCUGUUGUAGACAACGUCCGUUACGCUUCCACGAGACAAUUCUGAAGUUCCACGUCGAAUCUGUGUGUAAAAAUGAGAUAGAAAUGGUUGGUUGUGUUGACGAUCGGCUUAAAAUGUUUUCAGAUUCAAAAUCUUCGCUAGCGGAAUCUCCAUCUUUCAAAAAAACCCGAAAGCAACUCAAUUUAAAAUUAUUUUUGCAGAUCAAGUAGUCGUGACAGGAAAAGAAGACGUUCACGAUCACGAAGUCGCGAUCGAAGAAGAAGAUCGAGAAGUCGAAGCCGAAGUCGUGAAAGAAGAAGACGAUCGAGAAGUCGGGACAAUCGAAGAAGAUCAAGAAGUCGAAGCAGAGAUCGAAGAAGAAGAUCAAGGUAA